GGUUUGGAGAUGAAAGUUGAAGUAUGGCAGAGGACCGCAAAAAGGAAACUUUAGAGACAAGUGAAACCUUGCCUUUCAUUGAAAAGCCAUUUGUCAUCUCGCAAAAGUUAAAGGACUCUGCUGAGGAUGGAACGGGAAGGGAAGAGGACAGUGAAGACACUUCGUGUGGAUUUUGGAUAUUCAGGGGUCCCUCAAUGCAAAGAUUUGCUACUGAAAAGAUGUAUGUGAUCCUCUAUGGUUUAGCUGGCUGUGUGAUGACAAUGACCUUCGCCUACUUCAAUGCGACUAUUACGACCUUGGAGAAGCGCUAUAAAAUACCAACAAAAACCUCUGGCAUUAUCUCGGUGGGAAAUGAUAUCAGUACAAUGCUAACAGCCGCCCUAUUGGGCUAUUAUGCUGGAAACGGUCAUAGACCCCGCUGGAUGGGGAUUGGAUUACUGACCAUUGUGGCCUUUUGCCUGCUAACCAGUUCCCUGCAUUUUCUUUACGGACCUGGCGAAGAUGCCCUGAAGUUAACCAGGGAAUUUGGCCAGGUUAACGAAACUUUGGCCAGGCAAGAGCGGGAUAAGAAACUGUGCCAGACAAGUGCAGGAGGAUGCAUCCAAGAGGUGGGUCAGUGGGUUCCUCAGGUAUUUCUGUUUGCGGCUCAGCUUAUCUCGGGAGUGGGCCAGGCACUUUUCUACACUCUGGGCAUUGCCUACAUGGACGACAAUGCCACCAAGUCCAAGACACCAGCCAUGUUGAGCAUGUCUACGUUCUUGAGGAUGCUGGGUCCAGCCAUUGGUUAUUCCUUGGCUGCUCUUUGCCUGCGUUUGUACAUUGAGCCCACCUUGGAGCCACUGAUUGGGCGGGAGGAUCCACGCUGGAUGGGCGCCUGGUGGCUGGGCUGGCUAGUCCUGGCUGCCAUGAUGCUGAUCGCAGCCUUCCUGCUGUUUAUGUUUCCCAGGGAGCUGCCCAGUUCGAGGAAGAGACGUCUUCAACUGAAGCAGAAUGAACGCAGGCAGUCACUGCCCAUCAAGGAGCGAUCCUUCAGUGACAUGAUGAAAACUGUCAGGAGACUGUCGAAGAACAAGGUGUAUGUGUACAACACCUCGGCUUCCAUACUCUACUUCUUUGGAUACAUGGCCUAUUGGAUAUUCACUCCCAAGUAUAUCGAAACGCAGUACAGACAAUCGGCGGCUAUGGCAACCAUGGCAGCGGGCACAGUGGCUUUGGGAUUCUCCGCCGCAGGAGUCCUUAUCUCCGGAUACGUGAUAUCCAAGUACAGACCGAGUGCAAGGUCAAUGGCCUGUUGGAAUGCCAUUGUGGAUUUCGUAACGGUGGCCGGAAUCCUGUGCUAUGUGGCCAUCGGAUGUGAGGGUAGUGACAGGCUAAACUCCCUGAGCACCUUGUCCUCUGGGAAUAGCUGCAGUGCCUCCUGUCACUGCGACUAUGUGCUCUAUGCCCCGGUUUGCAGUCCGGAUAACAUCACCUACAUAUCCGCCUGCCAUGCGGGAUGUACGAAAAGGACGAAGGAUGCACUGGGAAGGACAAUUUACACGGGUUGCCAGUGCAUGGACUCUUCAAGUUUGUUCUCUGGCACUGAGUCCCAGUUCGCUGUGGAUGGAACCUGUCCAGUCGACUGCUUUAAUGAGUUCCUAGUUUUUCUGGCGGUGAUGUGCUUCCUGAAACUCGUGGGAGCAUCUAGCAAAUCAACAAACCUGCUCAUCGCCCUCCGCUGCAUGCCUCCAGAGGAUAAGACCUUCGCUCUGGGAUUGGGUUCCAUGGUGGCUUCCCUACUCGGCUUCAUUCCCAGUCCCAUUUUUUUCGGAUGGCUAAUAGAUAACUAUUGCUUGGUGUGGGGCAAGACCUGUUCCAAUAAGGGAAACUGUUGGCUCUACGACACGAGAUCCUUACGAUACGCUUUGAAUCUAACAGCCGCAUCUUUUAUAUUUAUGGGCGGCUUUCUAAAUAUUUCGGUGUGGUAUCACGCAAAGAAUCUGAAGAUAUUUGAUGAAGAUGAAUCACCGAAAGGCAGUUCAAAUAAUAAGGAAGUCGAACUAAAAACAAUGGAUUCCAAAUCUCAAGAGAAAUAAUAGUAGUUAAUGUUUUAAGCCAAAUAAACAAGCUAUGACUGGACCUUCACAUUU